AAACUUUUGACAUUUUCCAACACUAAGCAACAGCUGUUACAAAAUAGUCGUGCGGAAAAUAAAGCAUUUUCUGCUAAAAAUCUAUUCCAAACAUGGCCAGGAUUGUUAAAGCGUCCACUGGUUUAACCGGACUUGCCGUGUCGUCCAAUCCUCAUCAUGCCCUGAGUGCUCUAUAUGGAAAGAUCCUGCGGGCUGUGUCCAAAAUGCCACAGGAUGCCAGCUACCGGAAAUACACGGAGCAGUUGGUCAAACAACGCGCCGAUGCGGUGGCCCAAAACAAGGACAUUGCUGCCCUGGAAAAAGCCGUCGGAUGUGGUCAAGUCGAAGAACUGAUUGUCCAGGCUGAGAACGAGUUGGUGCUGGCCCGCAAAAUGCUCGGCUGGAAACCAUGGGAGAAGUUGGUCCAAACCGCACCUCCCAAGCAGUGGGACUGGCCACCUGCACAGAUCCUGGAGCCCAAGGUUUAAACACCUUCAAGAUUUUUAAAUAGUACUAAUUAUUCUACACGAAAUGGAAAUGAGAAGAGAGCAAUAAAUCCGUUGAUAAGUCAGAGGCAUUAUCAGCUACAAAAUUA